GAAUUCAAAAAUUGUGUAGAAAAGAUUGAAGUAAUUUUUUAAUCAUGACUUAUUAUUUAUUUUAGAGAUAUUAGACUAACUGUUAAAAAGAAAUGAGGCGCAGCUUAGCGCCGAGCCAAAUAGGCUCCGGCGACAAUGUUUUUAAAAGUCCCUUAUUAAAUGCAACGAAACGCAAGAAGCGGGAAUGUACCAAAAUUCCUCUCGCUCAAAAAUCUCUAUCGCAAUGUAAUACUUCUUCCGAUCAUGAGAACUUAAUCAAGCAGAUAUUAAGCAAACCCUUCAAAGUGCCCAUCCCUAACUACGUAUCGUCAUUUUGUAGUAAGAGUUUAGGAUUGAAACGCACACAAGUUAGACGGGCUCUGCAUGAUCCUGAUGAGCCCAAUGCGCUUGUUUUGUACCGACCACCCUAUAUCCCAGAACAUGAGAGAAUGAAAAUGAAUCCAAAUGAUAUAAAAGUUGCUGUUGUAGUCGAUCCAGUUCUCGGAAAUAUACUCCGUCCACAUCAAAGGGAAGGUGUUAAAUUCAUGUACGAUUGUGUCACAGGGAAUCAGAUAGAAAACGCCUAUGGCUGUAUCAUGGCUGACGAGAUGGGUCUGGGAAAAACUCUACAAUGCAUUACAUUACUCUGGACAUUAUUACGACAAGGUCCAGAAUGUAAGCCCACCAUAAGCAAAGCAAUCAUUGUAUGUCCCAGUAGUUUAGUAAAAAAUUGGUAUAAUGAGAUCACAAAGUGGCUGGGACAAAGAAUUAAUUCCCUCCCAAUGGAUGGAGGUUCAAAAGCUGAUAUAACAUUAAAAUUACAACAAUUUAUGAAUACAUAUAACUCUAUGAGAGUUGCAACACCUGUUCUAAUCAUAUCAUAUGAAACAUUUAGGAUUUACUCGAACAUUUUACAUUCAUCUGAAGUAGGUUUAGUAUUAUGUGAUGAAGGGCACAGGUUAAAGAAUAGUGAAAAUCAAACUUACCAAGCAUUAAUGGGAUUAAAAGCAAAGAGACGUAUUCUCAUUUCUGGUACACCUAUACAAAAUGAUUUGACCGAAUAUUUCAGUUUGGUGCACUUUGUUAAUGAAGGCAUUCUUGGAACGGCUCAAGAAUUUAAGAAGAGAUAUGAAAAUCCAAUUCUAAAAGGUCAAGACGCAUUAGCAAGCACUCAAGAAAGGGAGAAAGCUCAGGAAUGCUUGCAGACUCUCACAUCCAUCGUGAAUAAAUGUAUGAUUCGCCGAACCAGCAGCUUACUCACAAAAUACUUGCCAGUCAAGUUUGAACAAGUGAUUUGUGUCAAAAUGACACCACUACAAACUCAGAUUUAUAAAAACUUCAUUAAUUCAGAUACAAUAAGGAACAAAUUUGCAGGCACAGGAGAAAAGAACACUCUCAGUGCGUUGUCGAGUAUUACAACAUUGAAAAAAUUAUGUAAUCACCCUGAUUUAGUAUAUGAUAAAAUUAUGGAACGCUCAGAAGGCUUCGAGAAAGCUAGAGAUCUUUUACCAAGUAAUUACGACAUAAAAGAUGUGAGACCCGAAUACUCAGGGAAAUUAAUGAUUCUUGACUGUAUAUUGGCUAAUUUGAAAACGAAUACAGAUGAUAAAAUCGUUCUUGUAUCUAAUUAUACUCAAACGCUCGAUUUGUUUGAGAAACUUUGUCGUAAAAGACAGUAUCUGUAUGUUAGGCUAGAUGGCUCUAUGACAAUUAAGAAAAGAGCUAAAGUAGUCGAAAGUUUUAAUGAUAAGAAUUCUAAAGAAUGGAUAUUUAUGCUAAGUUCGAAAGCUGGCGGUUGUGGUCUCAAUCUUAUUGGUGCUAAUCGUUUAAUCAUGUUCGAUCCCGACUGGAAUCCCGCGAAUGACGACCAGGCCAUGGCUAGAGUUUGGCGGGACGGGCAAAAGAAAGUCUGCUAUAUCUACCGCCUUCUAGCCACGGGGACAAUUGAGGAGAAGAUUUUCCAACGUCAAGCGCACAAGAAGGCGUUAAGCGAUACAGUUGUCGACCAGAACGAAGACUCCUUGCGUCACUUUACGUCCGACGAUUUAAAAGACUUGUUCCGGCUCGAAGAAAAUAUGUUAUCAGAUACGCACAGUAAGUUCAAAUGCAAGCGUUGCGUGAAUAACAUACAAGUUACUUUGCCCCCGGAGAAUUCUGACUGCACAUCGGAUUUGUCAAAUUGGUAUCAUUGCGCCGAUAAAAAGAAUCUUGCGGAUUUAGUGUUGAAGCAGUGCUGGGAUCUCGCGAAGAGCAUUUCAUUUGUCUUCCACCAUCGCUCAGCUCAAACGGAAGCGCAGGAGAAAAUGGAAGACGACAAAGAAAAUGUUCAAGCCAAGAAGAAGAGGAAAAUUGAAAUCGAUGAAGAUUAUUCAGAGCCUGAUGACAGUGCUGAUGAAGAUUAUGAAUAGAUUUUUUACAGUGUUUGUUAAAUUAAGUGCAGAUUUAUGUUACGAAUUAUUAAAAUGUUCUGUUUA